GAGAGGUUGAUUUCGUUAGUGAGUUAGAGAGAGGGCGAGGUUGAUUUCUUCAGUGAGUUAGAGAGAGAGAGAGAGGUUGAUAUCUUCAGCGAGUUACAGAGAGAAGUUAAUUACUUGGUUUCUUAGAGCUCGAGUGUAAUUGGUUGUUCCUCGGUAUUUGAGCGGGAGAGCAGUUGAUUACUUCUUUGAGAGAGAGAACGCUUGAUAAUUCACUGUUAGAGUGAGAAAUUUUGAUUCCCUCAGUGUGUUGGAGAGAGAAAACUUUUGGUUGAGUCAGCGUUAAAGAGAGAACAACUAAUCAUUUCACUGUUUUGAAGUGAAGGAGAGGGGAUUUGGUUAUUUCACUGUUUUAGAGAGAGUAUUUUGGGAAGAGAGGAUGCUGCGUCUUGCUGGAAAAAGAGCAGUCGCGGCAGCCGCUUCAAGCUGCUCAAGUCUUCGUUCUCACACUUCUCUCUGCAACUCCUUUUCGCCAAUCACUAAUAGACCCCAUUGCACUAAUGCUCCUCCGAAUACAAACCCGGUUGCUGUUCAGAUGAUUAACUAUGCAUUUUCUCAUGCGAGGUCUCAGAAAUCCGAUGGGUCUUAUGCAGAAGCUCUCUUGGUGCUCGAGCAAGGUAUCUCAAAUUUUCAGGGAGUAGACAAGUCAAGUGAAGAUGCAAUAGGAAUGGUCCUACUUGCAAUGGCUACGCUUUUAGCAGAAAGAGGGGAUUAUGUUGAUGCCAUAGAUAAACUUCAGCUAGUUCAAGAGCUGAAUGUUGCUUCCAUUAGUUUAAGAGUUGCUGCCAUGGAAGCUCUGGUUGGACUUCAUUUACAGAUGGAGAAGGAUAUUGCUGCAUCAGAAAUCGCAGACAAUUGCUUGCAGUUUUUCAAGGACAAUCAUGAAGAUGAUGAUGCCACAUGCAGAAAAUUACACCUGCGAGCUAAAGCCAUGAAAGGACUUGUUGAUCUUGUUAAUGGGAAUCUUGAAUCAGCAAAGUCAAGCUAUGAAGGCUGCCACUACUCUGUGGAUGAUGGAAGUUGCUUUGGACAGGUCGCUCUGUCAUAUGGAGAAUUUUUACAUUCAAGUGGGGAUUUUUCAUUAGCCAAGGACCUCUACCAAAAGGCAAUUAAGGUUUCUCAAGAAAAAAAUGCCCCAGAUUCAUCAUCUGUAGCAGCGGCAGGGAUGGUCUCAGAGGAAGUCAUUUUAGGAGCCACUUGUGCUCUUGGCCAGCUCCAUACUCACUCAGGAAAUUUCCAAGAAGCAGAGGAGGUACUGACUCAAGCCUUGAAGAAAGCAGAGGAACACUUUGGCUUGAACCAUCCUAAGGUUGGGGCAGUCUUAACUUGCAUGGCCCUCUUGUAUGGGCAUAAUGCAAGGCUCCAUGGUGCAAGUUCUCUUCUGAUUCAAGAGGGACUUUAUAGAAGGGCCUUAGAUUUGCUUAAAGCUCCUACUUUGGAUACAGAUGUAGGUGCAGAUAUCCAGACAAACAGAAGUGAUGUAAUGGUGCUCACAAGAGGUGGUUAUGCUCAAGCUUUACAAGUUCAGCAGAACAGGAAGGAUGAAGGAGAGAGAAUGAAGAAGUGGGCAGAGAACACUUGGAGAAAUCGCCGGUUAUCCUUGUAUCAAGCGCUCGAGAUUACUGAACCUUCAAAGGUUCCAGUUAUAGACACACGAAUUGAACGAGUUUUGUAAGUGAAACGUCGAAGCUCUAGGGAAUUUGGUCAUGAAGGUGUAUGGAAUCCAUUUAGGUCUAAUAGAAUUGAGGUUUUCCCGGGAAAGAACCACAUUAGCAAAAUGUCAUUUGUUUUAAUCUAUAAAAUAGAUUGCUUUUUUAAAUGACUUAUGUUUUGUUUUUUUCUUUUUUUAAUGAGUUCUGUUUCGUUUUUUCCUUUAUGGACGCAUCGCAUCUCUCUUUUCUUUUUAUUCUUUGCAUAUGUUAGUGCUUCAUGCCAAUCGAAUUGCAAGAAAUUUAUCUACUGCAUUUUUUACGAAAACUAUGUUCCUAAAACUUCAAUAAAAUCUAGGUGUCGUUUGAUAACUUUCACUCCUAAAUAUGUUCCCAAAAUUUCAAUAAAAUCUAGAUGGCGAUUGGCAAAUUUCACUCGGCUUUUUACUUUACUAGAUCCUGGAUGCAAGUGAAAAUUUGCAAUGUCUUUGGGAAUCUCCACUGCUGUUCACUUUUCUAGAUUUUGGGACGCAGUUGAAAAUUGGUAGCGUGUGAGAUAGAAAGCUCACUUUUCUAAAUUCUGGGAUGCAGGUGAAAUUGGUAGCGUGGGAGAUAAAAAACAUGUCUGAUAAAUUGUGGUGCUGGUAAUUUCACUUGUUUUUCACUUGUUUCACCUGUUUAGCAAUAGAAAAGCUGUAAACCGCUUGUAGCUGUUUAUGUAGUUAUUGAUAAGAUGUGCGAAAUGCAAUUUUUUAAUAACAUUUUGUAAUUAAAUAAGGUUUUCAUC